AUGGCCGCGGAACUGGAUCUCACCACGCCAUGGAGUCAUUCCAAGGCCGUCGAAUGGGAUUCCCAAACGCUGCAUUCCUGGAUCGGCGCGCACCUCUCCGAACCCGAGGCAGUGGCGGUGCAUCUCGCCCAGUGGCGGGCAGUCCUGUCCGCCGAAGCAGCCGACGUGUCGCUGCUCCAGGCCCUGACGUACAUCGUAAAAGCCGACGGCAACUCCCCCGAGCGCGGCGGAAAAGGCAACUGGGCACAACUCAUCAGUAUAAAGGGCGGCAGUCUCGAGAAGCGUGUCGAGAACGGGCCCCAGCUUCUUGCUCUUCGGCUCGCCGAACGUCUCGGCAGCAACGUCGUCAGGACAAACUCGCCCGUGUCCGGUAUUAGCAAACGCGGCAGCGAGUACAUCGUCCACAUCGAGCCGAGAAUCGACGAGCCCAAGUCCGUCGCGACGGCUCGCAGCGUUCUUCUCGCCCUAUCACCGCCGCUUGUGUCGCGGCUGCGAUUCGACCCCCCCUUGCCGAUUAGCCGCGACAUGCUCGGCCAGCGCAUGAGCAUGGGCGCCGUGGGAAAGGUCAUUGCCGUCUACGAAGCGCCCUUUUGGCGCGAUGACGGACUGAGCGGCCGGGCAUUGGGGCUCGAUGAUGCCCACGUCAAGUUUACCUUUGACGCGUCGCCCGCCGACGCUUCCUGCGGCAUCAUCAUGGGCUUCCUUGUGGGCAACUACGCCCGCAGGCUGGAUGAUAUGAGCGAUAAACAUGUCCAGGAGGUAGUUUCCCGCGAGUACGUGCACCUCUUUGGUCCCAAGGCAGAGAAUGUGCAGCACUGGAUCGUGCAGCGCUGGAACAGGGAGGAGUACUCGCGCGGUGGCCACUUUGGCUUUUGCCCCCCCAAUGUCAUGACUGUUUAUGGGGGGGACCUCGCCGCACCGCCUGUGGGCGAUAUCUUCUUUGCCGGGACGGAAUUGUCCAGCCGGUGGGCGGGGUUUAUGGAAGGUGCUAUUCGAGCAGGUCGCGCGGCGGCGGACGGUAUUAUCGAGCGCUUCAUGGACCGGGGACGCGGUGGCUCCUGA